CUAUGGAGAACCAUUAAAAACCAGCAAUAGAAUGCCUAAUCUGCUCCGCUUUCGCCAACUAUUGCUGCUUUACUCUUUGCUCUUCCUCCACACUCACUGUCAGACAAGUUGUGGAGAAGACAGAGAUUGUCAGUUAAACGGAGGUCCGACAGGGCUGUGCUAUAAUGGUGGCUGUGUUUGUCAUCCCUCCUUUCUCAGUAGCAAUGGCUGUCAGUCUGUCAGUCUGUUUAAUGAACCACAUGGGAGAAUACGGUACGAGUUUAAUUACGAGCAAGUGACCUGGAGCGAGGCUGACCUAAGCUGUAAGAUGAAGCUGGGGAGACUGGCUAAGAUACUGAACGCUGAACAGAACGAUUAUAUUAAGAGUGAGAUACAGGGCCGAGUAACCAACUACGGGCUCAACGACAUUGACUUGUUCUUUGGGCUGGUUUACAACGGGGGGAGCCCGGGAGAGUUCAGAUGGAGCGACAGUGCGCGUUACAGUACCUCCUACUCACACUGGUACCUCGGGAGACUGUCUCCACGUGGUAGCCGGUCCAAACAUGUGGUGAUCAGUGACAGGGGCUACUGGGAGGGUGUCGACAUUAACAGCGACACUAAACACGGAUACGUGUGUGAAUAUGACGGUAUUCCUAGUUAUGUGCUCCACACUACUCCUAAAAACUACUCUGAAGCAGACGCCACGUGUCGUGGUCAAGGUUACGAUGUUGUCUCUAUCGGAGAUAAGAAGGAGCUGGAUUAUGUACUCGCACUCUACAGUACGAGCGGUAUAAGGACGGGUUGGGUGGGUCUUCACAGAGACUACUCCAACUGGAGGUGGCCUGACGGUAGUCUCUACGAUAAAAGUGUGUUACGAGUAGGAAACAGAGACUCUUAUAAUCACCAGAAUAGAGUGUUAUUACAGACUGAACAAGGUCCCAACUUCCUGGUGGUCACUGACGAGGAGCGGGUCCCUUUUAUCUGCAAAACAGCUAAAGUAAAACGAGAUUGCGAAGUGUUGAAGAGCACUGACCCGAGUCUAUUAUCCAGUCCUUCCUACUAUGUGCAGCCCAAGGAGGGGGCACUCUCCAAAUCUAUGGUGUACUGUGAUAUGAGCACUGACGGCGGAGGUUACACGUACUUCAUUGUUAAAGAUAAGCGAAACGGAGUCAGCAGCGCUGAAACUAUCCCCAAAUUCUGUCGAGACUUUCAGCCUGUCGAUAUUGUCUCGCCGAAACAGGUACUGGAGCUGCGGAGGAUCCUGCUGAAGGAGGGGGUGUUGCAGGAGGGGAGAUCACGUGACACCGGUCUGGUUCCUGUAGCGGUCUUCAGGGACGGCAAAUACACUUCUCUUACCUCUGGGUCAGAUAUAACACAGCUUUUAGCGACCCUACAGUGGGACUAUAACUUCCCAGUCCACCAGACAACCAUACCUCCAUUCAACGGUCAGAUGUUGGGAAUCAGCAGCAAACAUCUCCUGACAUCCUUUACUAAGCGGAGUAACGACGUGCUGGGCCCUGUGUGUAGUAUGAAUAACAAGCAAGUGCCCCCGGAAUCAUUUUCUGCGGUAUUCACUCCAGAAAGAAACGACACCCUCGUGUACAAGAUUGAGGAGACUCAGCAGUUUGACAGCGGUUCAGUUUGUGCUUGGAUUACAACGAAAUACCAAGGAAAGAACGUGGUUUACAGUAUGGUAAAGACGGAUAACACAGUUGUGUUAAAGCUCGUACUAGACGGACAGAAUGAUCACUUCGUCAUCGGAGGGGCUCCAACUCAUCUUACAGAUUUUGGAAUAAAGGACGGCUCAGCUCACAGACUGUGCCUAAACCUGGUGUACAGUCAAUACGAGGUAUUGGUGGAUGGGGCUAUGGUUCUAGCUGGCAAUACCUUCAGUAGGGAUACUCGGGGCAUGGUACUUGAGGGUGUAAUAACUUUAGGUGACAGUUUUAUUGGCACGGUGGAUAGUUUGGAUAUCUGGGAUUCUACUGUCACAGCGGGAGCCAGGAUAACAAAGAGUCCGCUAUAUUCCCCUGGAAAGAUCAUACGCUGGAGUGACUUGUACACUAGCCGACCAAAUGACGUACUCAAGCCAGCUGCUCUAUUUCGUUACAGCAGAUUCAAGGUUGGUAUUGGACCGUCAGGAUUGAGAUGGGCCCACAACUACUGCAGUGCACGUGGGGGUGAGCUGGGCGCGCCGCGCGACGACUACGAGUUCACUCUGGUGCUGCAACUCCUUCAGGGACACCCUGGUUGGAUCAACAUGUACCGUCAGAACAACACGCUUUACUCCGGCACGACCACGCCCCUAAUGAACCUUACCUACAUACCCUCCGAGGGGCCUGACGGUAACCUCACCGUCAACGGGGACGGGGACCUGGAGACCAAGAGUGUUACAGAGAUGUUACCCUUCCUUUGCCAGUUUUCAGAUGUGGAGGAGGAGAUACCGGAGUUACACUACUGUCUGCCCGAGGAAGUAGAGACGGAGAAGGGAGUGUUCUCGUGGGUUGCAGCGUCUACUAACAGUACUGUGAAGGUGCUGUGUCCUCAUGGUGUUGUCGAGGGGGUUCCUAUUCAUAAGGGUUACUCCAGUAGGACCUGUGUCCCGGGGACGGCCGGACUAACUCCAGUGUGGGCAGACGCAGACAUGUCGCGCUGUAACUACGAAAACAGAAAGACCCAGGAGCUUUCCUCCCUCCGGGAACUCGCUGUUACUGGAGAUAACGCAGUGGAGAUAGCUGCCAGGGUCCUGGACCUCACUAAUAACUCACACGAGUUGGAUGAUACAGGUGUAGGCAUGGUAACAGAUAUUAUAGAGCACCUAGUGGAGGCGCAGAACUCCUCAGCUACAGAGAACAUUACUCAAACUCUUAGUAAUAUCUUAGACGUAGACGAACAAACACUGUCCAUAUCCCAACAAAAAGACAGGACCUCUGACAGGAUCCUAGACUCGCUGGAGAAAGUGGCGGGGAGUGUCGCGGACACCCAUUCUCAAACCCUGGACACUAAGAAUAUCCGCAUAGUAGCUGCUCGUUCAUCACUUCUGCACAACAUCACUUUGAGUUCCGAUAACGGAGUUGAGUUUAAUUUACCGGCAGCAACUGUAUCUUCAAAUAAAUCAGCUUAUAUCAUUGCCUACACUACACCCAAAUUGUUUACGAGCAGGGUGCUAAGUAUUGGUGCUGCACUGGAACUACACACCAAUACUACCCAACAAAGCGAGGAGUUCCUCAACACUGUUAUAAUAUCAGCUGGGCUGGACAGAGAGGAGGUUUCUAACCUCACUACCCCUGUUCAACUGGUCUUCCCUAUUAUCAACACGGACGCGUCCAUAGCCCGGUGUGUUUACUAUUCCAAUAACAGUGACGGACAGUGGCUAUCUGACGGUUUAGAGUCUAUAUAUGAUAACGAUACUAAAACUGUGACCUGUAGAUCUAGUCACAUGACCAGUUUUGCAGUUAUUAUGACUAUUGACGCUAAGACUAUUGUUCACAGUGUCGGUACCAAUGCUGUGAUAAUGAACACAAUCAGCUACCUGUGCCUGUUCCUGUCCCUGGUGGGUCUGAUCCUGACGGUAAUGGCUCUAACCCUACAGAGGACCCUGUGGAGACUGGACAUGACUAAGAUACAUGUGUAUCUCUCAAUAUCCCUCUUUGUGGGCUACGUUAUCUUCCUGGUCGGGAUUGAUCAGACUCAGUCACGUGCCCUCUGCAUAACAUCUGCCUUCCUCAUGCACUUAGCCUUCCUGACAGCCUUCGUGUGGAUGGCCGUGGAGGCUUAUACUCUCUACCUACAGUUUGUAAAAGUGUUUCCCAGCUACACGCCUAACUUCAUACCAAAGUGUCUGAUUGUGGUAUUCUCCGUCCCUCUGGCUAUAGCUGGAGGAUUCCUGGUCGCUGCUCUCUCUAAUGAUCCUGCCGACUACUAUGAACUGCAGAAUUACUGCUGGAUAAAGUCGUACACACUCUACUACGGGUUCAUACUACCUAUCCUCCUCAUUGUCACCUGUAAUAUGGUCCUCUUUGGUUAUGUGACACAGAAGAUUUGGAGGAUUAUCAGUACGAAACCGGAGAACGAGGAGAAUCAACUCGGAAAGCUAUCUGUACAGUUGAGAGCCACUGUCAGUGUACUCGUGGUGUUAGGAGUUACCUGGCUCAUCGGCGCCUUUACCUUCGGCAGCGCCUCAAUCGUCUUCCAGUACAUCUUCAUCAUUCUCAACGGUCUUCAAGGAUUCUCUAUAUUCAUGUUCCACGUGGUGUUGAAGCCGGAGGUGAGGAAGAGGUGGUACAACAGUAUCCACGAUAUCACCAACUCCUUGUCCUCCAACUCCCAUGCUCUCAAGUCUAAUUCAUUCCACAGAGCUCACAAGUUCCAGGUUAAUCAGAACAACAGAUGUACGGAUGACGACUCGAUAACGAACCCCGGGGGACGCUACAACACUUCCUUCUGCAGCUCCAACUCUCAGAAACCUCUUCUUCUCACUGACAAACGUUACACUUACCUCUCAAACUCCAACGAUUACGCCACGAUAGAGAGUCGCCCGAGCUCGGUGUCCUCUGCGAUCAGCGACCACCCCGCAGUGUUGAACGGGACAGUGCCCCCUGCGGUGACUGGGAACGGGGCGACCCCUCUCAUAGAGCACUCGCCCGCCACUCCACCUGACAUCCCUCCUAUCCGUAUCAGUGGUGCCUCACUCAACUUGAAGCGUCCUCUCAGCACCGUGCCCAGUCUGGGGACUCCCUCCACCCCUGGGGAUAUGCUGGAUGUAGACCUCUCCCCGGAGAACGGAUACGCCUUCAGUCCGAUCACCCAUCCCAGAUCUUGGGAGUAUAAUCCGUUAAACGAGGAGAGCCCUGAACCCAGGAAACAGAUUUCAGACCCUCUCAUUGAGGGAGAUAUUCCAGAACAAUCCAUACCUGAGCUUGACGACGCUUUUCUGCGCGAGGGCGAAGAUCAGGUGUAGCUUCUAGCCAAUUCUAGGACUAGCUAUUUAACAAGAUUUUUUAUUUCGUUGUGAUGGAUUUAUUUUAUAUAUUGAUAUAGGCUUGAAAUUUAUUUUUUAGUUAUACCAACUAACACUAAAAAACAGUGAGUGAUGUAAGUGACUGUACAGUUUGGGAGUACUGAUGAUGAUAUUGACUGCAAUUGAGUAAACUUGAAAUCAAAAGCAUCUUUGAUCAACAAUUUGACUUUGUUGACUAUUGUUGUUGUUGACCCUAAUUUUUAUCAUUUUAUAACAUUAUUCAAAGGUCAGGUUGCAAGGAAAAUACCCAUGUUUCCAUGGCAACUCGAAUUUUCUGUUAUUACAAUUUGCAAUUCUGCAUGUGUUGCUAUGUAUAAUAUUCAGCUGACAAGUGUUUAGCGAUAAUCAGUCGAACUAAACAACUGUUUUGUGUAUCCUAUGGUGGACCCACCAAGACUCGCAGUUCUUUUUCAUUUUACGCUCAGUUUGACUAAUAUCUCAUUGACGAGGAUUUUACUAUUUUUUAGUGGUUUGAUUAUUCAUUAAAAUGAGCGAAUAAAUAUAGGCUCGUAUAAUAAUUACCGUAGAUUUGCAACAAAAUCAAUCUUCGGGAUUUUGUAACUUUUUCGGUGGCUACCUUUGCACUUAGGGGCUUUUCCUUAUCACAUGCACAUGACUUAAGACAUAAGUUUCAAAAACUUUUGAGUUUUGGAGAGAACUCUUUGCAUGGCGACUGGCGAUCAAUGGAUCAUUGAAAAUUCAAUACAAAACAUUGCUCCCGUGAAAUACGAUAAAAUUUGUAUGAUUUGCAUUUUGCAGUGUAUAUGUAUUUAUUGUCAAUGCUAUUCAAUUGUUUUAUUUUACAAAAGAUUCUUUGUUGAUGAA